AUGGCUAUCCAGACUUCUCUACCCCCGUUUCCCGACAAUGUCCCCACUCAUCCCUUGCUUGUCAUCGACUACAACCUUCUGCUUGCUGGCGAUGAAGAAGAAAUAGCUCAGCUGUGGAAGGCUGCCACCGCGCUUGGCUUCUGGUAUUUGAAAAACCACGGAGUCGACGAAGAUGUCAACCAGAUGUUCGACAUGGGUGCUGAGACAAUGGCUCUUCCGUUCGACGAGAAGAUGAAAUUCGAGCAAGGCGAUGAUGGGGUGUCUUUCGGUUACAAGGCUCCAGGUGCCAACGCUACAGAUGAGACAGGUUCCCUCGACACCGUCGAGUUCAUCAACGUCUCCCAAGAUGAUGCCCUGGCCUGGCCUAGACAGGCUCACCGCGAAUACCCGUCCACAGUGAACGCACGCAUGGAACACACGAUUGCUCCCUUCAUUCGCAAGUCUGCAGAAGUCAACCGCGUCAUCAUGGAUAUUCUCAACGCUAAGCUUGGUUUCCCUGAGGGGACGCUCGCGGAGCUACAUCGCCUCGACGAGUAUAGUGGGAGCGAGGCCCGUUGCAUCAAGAACCCACCUAGGCCCGGAGGCAUCUCUGAAGAGAAAGCUGCGCUGGGUGCACACACAGACUUUGGGUCCUUGACUUUCCUGAAUAACCGCCUGGGCGGGCUGCAAGUCAUGGUUCCGGGCACUGUUAAAUGGCAAUAUAUCAAGCCUCUUCCCGGACACGCUGUCUGCAAUCUUGGUGACGCUAUGUACAUCUUCAGUGGUGGCAUCCUCAAAUCAAACAUGCACCGUGUUGUACCUCCUCCUGGAGCCCAAGGCCACUUUGAGAGGUGGUCACUGGCAUUUUUCACGCGUCCUGGCGAGUCAGUUGUGCUACGUGCAUUGGAAGAAAAGAGUUCCAUAGUUGCCGAAGCUGUUGCGAGCGCGGAUGAUACGACUCUGUUCCACUCCAAUUCAACGUCUAAGGAGUGGUUUGCGAGGCGGAUAAAAAACCAGAGGACAAAGAAUCAGAAGGCAAGUUGUUGUAGUCUUUGA